AUGGGUCGCAAGCCUAAUCCACUGAUUCUUCAGCAUUUUGAAAGAGGUGCGAAAUUAAAUGAUUCGAGCAAUCGCUAUCAGCAUACUUGCAGAUCUUGUGGAGAAAAAUUCCCCAAAGGAAGACUCGAUAGCUUGAUCAACCACAUCAUCAAGAAGUGCCCCGCGAUAGAUCGCACGGAAAAACAACGAUUGGUUUUGGAAUUCAACAACCUUCCCGAGCUUGCUGAUCGCACACAAGGUCAACAAAUGAAUAUUCAGAACGUGAAUAGUCACCAAACAGCUGCGAUUAAUGGAUCCUUUGAAGGAAUGACUCCCCUUGAAACUUUAGCUGAGGUUUCAAGAGACAUGGCAGAGUCAGAGCAUCGAAAUCAUAGACCUGGCAAUGGAAGUGCACGGGGUGGCAGCCAACCAGCAAUGUCUCGAGGUGAUAAUCUUGAAUUACAAGAGCAAUAUACGCUCGACAAUCCGCCUAUGAGCUACGAGUCACGCUCACAGCGCGACAAAAAAGGUAUCAAUCAGAAAGGCCACGGUAACGAACUCAAUCUCGGUCGCUCUCAAUCUGCAUCUCCAAACUCAAUGGCUGCUACUGCAGCUGCUGCUGCUCGAUUCAUUCCAUCGAUGGUGGACCCCCAGCUCUUAAGCGAAGAUGCUGUUGCUCAAGACAAGCUUUCUGAAGAUAAGCUCACCCGUCAGCUCGUCGAAGCAAAUGCAAUGAGCGACGGACUAUUUAACGGAAGCCCGGAGAAUGCUCAGCAUUCUUGGGCUAUGCUUGAUAUUCCUAUUCCAGUAAGCCAAGCCGCCGCUGUUCAAGCUAUGCAAGUACAAGAUCAGAUGGCCCACUUGGGUCAAAUGACAUACCCUGAACAUAACCAUGCCGAAAAUUCAUUCGAACAUAGUUCAGUCCAGAGUCCAAAACAUCAUCUACGAAUCGCGAUGAACCCAAUGACAACAGAAUUUAGCGCUGAGUAUGGAAAUGGUCGAAAGGCCACCAAACCUAAUGUUCGAGGAAAAUUCAAUGAGAUUCGCAGAAAGGAAGUUUCGGAUAUUAGGAGGAUCGGUUCUUGCAUUCGCUGCAGAAUGUUGAAGAAACCAUGCACUGCAGGAGAGGCUUGUGAAACUUGUAAGAGUGUCGAGAGUGCUCGUUUGUGGAAAACACCAUGCAUCCGAACCCGAGUUGCGCAUGCAUUUGAACUGUACUCCGCAAAACUUCACACAGUACUUGCGCAUCAUCAGGUACUUGCUGCAAAAGGUUCGGCCACCUUCCAGAUCUCACUCUGGCUGAUCGAGGUAUCUCACUUUCCUAGCACCACAAUCUACGCCUCGUUCCCAUGUUUAGAAGCGCACGACGUUGAUACUGGCCUCACUUCUUAUAUCCUCGACACUGACAACGACGAUCUUUCCACUAAGCUUGAAUCAUAUGCUAAGCGCAUGAUGCCAAUCUUCAUUGAUAAUGAACCUUCUCAAUUUAUUCGCACAACUCUUCAGACAGCUCUGAAUGUCUCCAUUCAAAAGCAGGAUAAUUUCCUUAGUCGUGCUUUAGAACUAUGGACAAUUGUUCAUAUCUUUGUUGACUCAGAAAUCAGAUGGGAAAUGUCUGCAAAGGCUAUCGCAGGUUUACCAGAUGAAGAAGGCGGUCAGACUAAAGCCAUUCUUUCAACUGAAAGAUCUUUUGCCACCAUUCACACCCAAUUGAAUGCUGCAGCUGAAACUAAAGCUUCUCAAAUGUGCAAGGGAAUUCUUAACGAGUUGGAGAGACGUCUGCUUAACAAAGCUUCAAAGGCUUCAUUUGAACUGUUUUUGAUUGCAGUUAUCACUCUUAAUUGUGUUGAGAAGUCUACAUGGCUCUUUAAAUGCUGGGAGGGCGAAGACUUUCAUGGACAAUGGCCACUUGAGAAGCGACCCCAAGAAUUUGCCAAUCAAGGUGAUGAUCUCAUCAAUGUUCUACAAAUGAUUUUGAGAAUGAGAGAUGUUCCACCUAAGAUUUUUGUUAGACAAGACAAUGGUGUUCUUGCGGUUGAUGAUGCAUCUGAGCAAGUCAUUCGUGAUUUCUUUGAGCAAGUUCAACUUAAUUUCAAUGAUGUUCAUGAUAAACAAGUUCGUCACUUCUUCGACCCAGCAGACUCUAGAUCAUAUGAACUUCGCUACAUCUCACGACUUCUCCUUCCUCAAGUUCCUAAUUAA